AGUCAUUUCUCUUUACGGACUAUGCGCGCUACGAAGAAUGGCGGAGGCCAGCGCGCUUGAAGAACUGCAGUCAGAGCUUACUUGUCCGGUGUGUUUGGAGCUGUUCCGUGACCCGGUGAUCCUCGAGUGUGGACACCACUUCUGUCAAGUGUGCAUCAUCCAGUGUUGGGAAGCCAAGGCGGACGAGUUGUCGAGUUGUCCGAAGUGUAGAAAGACGUGCGCGCGUAAACUUCGCCCCAACUCUUUACUUUGCAACGUCGUGGACAGUGUGCGCAGAGCCGGGGUCAUGGACCCCUCCGUGGUGACAAUCGAGUGGGAUCAUUUGAGCGCCCUGGAGGAGCAGGAGGUGCGGGAGCGCGGCUCAAGUAUGAGCAGUGUGGCCUCGUCCAUCGGGCACUGGCCUCGCCAGGGUCUGGAUAUGUGCGAGGAGCAUGAGGAGAAACUGAAGCUGUACUGUGAGGACGACCAGCUGCCAAUCUGUCUAGUAUGUGGGAUGUCCCGGGACCACAAGACUCACAAUGUCAUACCCAUCAACGAAGCCUUUGAGAACUACAAGGUACUGUGUCAGUGGAUGUGUCCAGACAGGUCUGUCUCUGUAAAUCUUGAUCUCCUGCUAUAUGAAUCUCCAAUCUUCAGAUCAGGCGUGUACAGACUACUCUCUGGGAUAUAAUACUUGCCUUCAAAUUCUAAAACUAUGUGUGUUGUGUACUAUAUUUGCUCUCAAUACAAUAUCUGAAACUACAAACUAAAAGUUCAGUUUGAGGUGUAUCAUUACCCUUCAUUUCUCUCCUUGUACUUGACUUGCUUUAAAUCAACCUUCUUUGUUAAACUUUGCUCCCAUAUAAAUAGAAAAGGCUCGCCAAGAGCACAUAUUUUGACAUGGAAGUCAUUUUUAAAGGCAGAGGCCUUGUUUGCCCCAGCAGCAGCUGUAGCCUUCGGGUUCUUGUUGUAGAAGAAUUCAGCAGCCCACUGUGAGCUCACAUGCUCCCCCCCCUUUAAAACCUGACCAUCCUCAUUUUGUUUGUUUGAAGACUCACUCUGAAAGCUUCUCUCAGUGGUCUUCAACAUGUUUUACUGGCGCUGAAUUCCUGUUUUGUUUGAGUUUGCGGGUCAAAGGUUUCAUUUGAGAAGGGUGGACAUCAUAUGACUCCCAUCAAAGAUGUUGUUCAGACUGAGGCACAAAUAAAAUUAACCCGUCCUUUUUGUUUAAUCUAGUUUGGACUAAGUCUCAUCUUUUAACCAUGUUUUCCAUGUGAUUGGUUAUUUCUGCUGCAGGAUAAGCUGUCUGUUGCUCUGGAGAGGGUUCAGAUCCAGACUGAAGAGGCCACGCGCUUUCAGACACGGACCAAUGAAAAGAUCCUCCUCAUUAAGGUACAGAUAUUUAAACGUGUGUUUUUGGAGCGUUUGACAAAGACGUAAAAUAUCCUGAAACAACCCGAGCGAGAGAAAGAAAAUACCUUUGUGUUUUUAUGUAGAACCAGAUGAUCUGGUAGCCAAGCAACACUCUCCUACAUUCCUCCACCUUUACCUGUCUGACGGACGGUGUGAGUGAUGGAUGACUCAUGUUAAUUAUGACUGAUGGUGACACAAGUUGUUACUCAGCAUUGUUUGCAUGUGAAGAUCUUCAUGUGUCUCAGCUGCAGAGGCCCUUCCUGAAAAUGAAGGUUUAAUAGACUUUUAUUCAAGCCCUGUCAUGUUUGACUUUCUCACGCUCUCAUCUUUCAAACACACACACACAUGAACAGCGUAUUCAGAAAUGGUUACUUUAUACACACCCUCAUGGAAAAAAAGGAGCAGACAGAGCAUAGACUUUCACCGCAACAGCAGCAUUCACCUUAAACAGAUCUCUCUCUGGCCCUCUGUCUCUCUCCCUCUCUCUCUCUUUAAGUGUGUGUUAAAGAGAGAUAAGAGCGUAACGUGUUACUAGGUUGAAGUGUUUCUGCAGCCGAUUACUGCGUGUGUCUCCCCUCCAGCUACUUCACACCAUCUGUCCUGUCUGUCUGUCAGUUUUUUCUCAGUAUUUAUGUUUUCCUGUCUGUCUCACUGUCUGACCCAGUUUAAGUGCACAUGCACGGGUUUUCACUUCUCUUUCUCUGCCAGCGUGACAGGAUGUGGACAGCGGGGUGAAGAGGAAGUUUGUCAAUCCGUCUUUUUCUGCUUAUUUCUCUUUCUGUGUGUGUGUAUGUCUUUGUGUGUGUGUGUGUCCUGGCCCUGUCACCUCGUAUGCCCACUUGUCUUUCAUCCCAGCAAGUUUUAUUGGCGUUCAGAGUCCAUACCUUUAAAAACAUUCUGCAAUAUCAAAAACUCAGCUACAGGCUAAAAGGAAACUGAGAGGAUUUUACUCUUCACGUAUUGUUAAGAGGUCUGAAUGUUUUGUUAAAAAUUGUGAAUCAUCAGAGAGUUCACUUAAGUCUACUUAGAAAAUCAAUAACAUCUAAUGCUUUCUUUCUUUCUUUCUUUCUUUCUUUCUUUCUUUCUUUCUUUCUUUCUUUAUUUAUCUCAAACUUUAAGAACAACAGCAAACAACUAGAAACAAAAACACCAAACAAAAUAAUACAUAUGUACACCAAACAAUAAACAACUGUACAUGUCAAAGAUAAAGUUACACUAACGUAUGUCAAAAUACACAGUUUGAGAAGCAACAGAAUGAAGUAAAGAGCUUAUUUAGUCCUGCCCCUUCCUUUAAAAAAAUCCAUUUGUAUAAAUUACAAAGAUCUGUAUAAAUACCUACACAUUAUAGACAAGAUAUCUGCUCAACACUACAUAGGUUACUUAUUAUAAUAAUUUGCAUAUGAUAAUAAUAAUAAUCAGCAUUAUAAUAUUCAGAAUUAAUAUUACUUCUGUGUAAUCAAGUAUAUCUAGUAUGAAACCAUAUUUUAUGUUAGUUUACUUAUAUGAAUCUUGUAAUACUUCUCUAUAGUUUGAUUUAAAUAUUUUUAGGUUAUGUAUUGAACAUUUUUAGUGCUGUCACUUAAGUCAGUCUUGGUUUUGGCCAAAUUUGAGAAGCUUUACUCACUCCAUGUCUUAUGUCAACUGUACGCAGCAGAAGCUCUUGAUCAACUGUAAUCAUUCAGUUGCAUUGUGGGUAACGUAUGUUUCAUGAAGAUGAAAAUAUAGCAUCAAAAUGACAAUAAAGCUCUUCUCCUGUGGCACGAUAAAAAGGCCAAUAUGUGACAUUUCUACACUGGAAGCACUUACGUGGAGAAACCAUGUACAUGACGUAUUAAAGAAAUUCAAGCGUAAAUGGUAAAAUAAUAGUAAUUGUGACAGAACUAGUAAUUUUGACAGACAGGCGACAUUUUGUAUUAUGCUUUUUCAUAUGUGGAAAACAAAUGUCAUGUUAAAAACAGAAAACAAUAAACAAAUUUAAAUACAGAAAACAAACAAAAAUGUAGAAUAUUUUGUGUCACAUCUUUUAACUCACUAAACAUGCCUGUAAGAGCCUAAAUAUAUUUGUUUAGGAUAUGAUUUCUAUAGGUACGUCACUUCCGGGGAUUGUCACUGAGGGGUGUGGUUUUGGGAUUUUUGGUGGGUUAUUGAAAUCUCACCGGUGUAGUCAGACGAUGGGUUUUGGUAAGCUCUGAUAAUAUUCUGUUGACUGUUUUUCACCGUUUCACUCAUCCUGUUUGAACCUCAUUUCAGCAUAUUACUUUUUUAUUUGAAGGCAAAGGUUUUGGACAUGGAUCAGCGUGUUUUCUUUCCUUUUUUAUGAACAAUAAACUACUUUUUAACACUCAAACUGGACUGAUAAUUGAACGAGUCACAGAUGCAAGCGAACCUAAACCCCAGCGACCUUUUUUGUUGAGGGAAAGCAGUCGCUGCAAUGGCAUUCUCCCCACGUGUUUUGCCAUGGAGAUUAAGUUUGUUAUUCAGAAAGUCUUGUAUGUUCUUGCCGUUAAGAGUCCUCCUCAUGUUUCAGGGGCGAGCAGGAGACCUGGAGGAGAUGGUCACUGCGGAGUUUAGCCUCCUCAGAGAGUUCCUUCAGGAGGAGGAGGAGCGCAUCAAGGAGAAGCUGAAAAAACAAAAAGAGGAGAAGCUCAACCAGCUGGAGGAGGCACUCACAAGAACCACAGAGCAAAUCAGCCAGCUGGAAAGUACGGCUGACCGGCUCAGCCUCAAACUGAGGGAAGAAGAAAACCCAGAGCAGCUAAAGGUCAGAGAAGAGGAGGAGAAGAAAUAGCUGAUACUGAUAGUUUUUUUUACAGUCUUGAUAAAUUCAUGUGAAUUUCAGAAUAGCGGAAGCUGAAAAUACCAAAGAAUAUUGUUCUGCUGUAUCAGAGAUAUUAUCUUCAUCUUGCAGACAGUGGUAUUUUUCAAUCAUUUUGUCUUGUCUUAUCUGCUCUGUUUCAGGGAAUCAAAGAUUUCAUUGGAGGGUAAGUACUAUCUUAAUCAUGACCAGUCAACCGCUUUGAUUUCUCACCAAGCUGUUGGUUAAUUUCCAUGUAAUUUCCCCUCUAUCUGUCCUCAACUGCUGACUUUGUUUUAACCCCAGGAGUUACAGGAAAUGAUGUGUUGUUUUGUAAUGAACCGUCAUUUAGGGCAUGACUUUUAUUGAGUCAUCCGUGUCACACAGUUUGUUCUGACAGAUGAAGACAGAAUAAUCUUGAGAAAAUUAACAGUGCUCUAGUAGAUACGACAUUAAACCAAAACAUAAGGGUUUCUUUUUUUUUUUUUUCUCCCUGUUUCCUUAUAAACAGCUGUCUGAGAAUGUAGAUCUAGUACAGGGACAGGGUGUGAGAAAAACAAAAGAGAAAUUUACACGGUUAUACUUUUGUACACAGCAUUAUUUGAAAGAAUUACAGAGCCUCUUUUAAUGAAAUAAAAUGAGUUAUCCAAAAAAUCUACAGUAACAUAUUUUGUUUUUUAUAUCUUGUAAUUGAAUUACAUCUCAUAAAGUAUACACCUGUAAAAGACUUGAUCAGAUGAUAUGGAUAAACUUUGAAAAGCCGUUUCUUCCUCUGAUCUCUCUUCUUCUUCUUUCUGGCAGGGUGGAGAGCUUGUUUGAGCUUCCUGCUGAGGUGGAUGUUAGUGUGCAGACUGGAGAGUUCCUUGGACCGCUCCAGUACAGGACCUGGAGGAGAAUGAGCAACAUUUUUCGGCCAGGUAUGAAUACAUAUACAAACAACACACACAUAUUAACACACACAUAAUGAACCCACCUCCAAUAAAAAUCGGACCUUUUUUUAGUGUGAUUGCAUUUCAUCACAUUUAUCUGUUGCUCAAAUCCAGUUUAUCAAGACCACUUCCUGACAUUUGCCACCUCAUCAUUGCCUACUGUUGAUUGUGUAACAGUAAAUUUCAGCACUGGUUGUAACCACUACAUAGAUUUACACUUCAUUUUUCUGACUUGAUGCAGUAUUAUUUAUUUUCUCUGCUCCUCUUACAUUUGUUGUGCAGAAUGUAUUCAGUAUCUUGCUGAAGGUUGCUGCUAAGGAGUCUGUUUUGGAUCAUUCUCUCUAAGCUAAUUUCAGAUGUUGCCUCAAUCCAUUUUAACACUUUUUAAAAAUUUAUUUCAGCUAUCACACCAGUGACCUUCGACCCCAACACAGCUUACCCCUGCCUGUGGGUAUCUGCAUGCGGCACCAGCGUACAGGUGGGAAAAAUCCAGCCGAACCUGCCUAACAACCCGGAGCGCUUCACCCGUUACAACAUCGUCCUGGGCUCUGAGGCUUUCUCCUCAGGUAGACACUACUGGGAGGUGGAGGUCGGCACCAAGACAGCGUGGGGUCUGGGUGUAGCCAAAGCCUCUGUGAACAGGAAGGAAGACAUCAGCCUCUGCCCCGAUGACGGUUUCUGGACCGUGGUGCUGAGGGACAACUGUGAUGGCACCUGUGAGUAUGAAGCGUGCACCGACUCAGAGGACAGCUUGAUUUAUCCCAAUAAACCCCCCAGGAGGGUGGGUGUCUUUCUGGACUACAGUCGUGGUGAGGUGGGGUUUUAUGAUGCAGGAGACAUGAGUCACCUCUUCACCUUUUAUGAUGCAAAAUUCGAAGAGCCCGUCUACCCAUACUUCAACCCCUGGCCGAUUCUUAAUGGAUAUAACCGGGAGGCACUCACCAUAGUAACGCCACACUGGGGAUAGAUGUCUGCUCAUCAGGGGACUGACGCUCUGCAUCAGAAGGUUCACCUUUAAACUGUAAAAGAUCAGACAACUUAUGAUCUCAAAAAAACUCAUCUAACAAGCAUUCCCACAUCAGCCUCAUCAUACAGAGAUUUGAUCACUGAUGGGUUGAUGAUGAACACAGGUAAUGCAGUGUAAAUAAGGAGCUACAACUACUAAAGAACAAAAACAUAUAAAAGUCACCUUUUAUCUUUUUUUGGUUUUCUUGAAAAAGACUUUUUUUUAAACAAGAAUUGUGUGUAACCAAUGAUGUAAGUGAUGUAUGUUAUUCCUGUGAAAAAUUACACCAGCAACACCUUCACUGCUUCUAAAAGUUUCUAUGGCUGUGUCGGAAAUGGAUCCCUAACCCCUACAUAGGCGACUAUAUGGGGGUUAGCGCCAUUUUGAGGGGUGUCCGAAACCUGAGUGAUCAAUUCCAAUACCCCAUAUAGGCGACUCAAAAUUUCCCAUAGAGCAUUGCAAAAUGUAGUGACCAUCCGAUGGUCACUCACCGGUGGUGGGCAUCCCGUCAUGCAUUGUAUCUCCAGUGGCAGUCUGAGCAGUGACGUCACAAUGGUGCGUCAUGUAGUGUCUGAAACCUCAGGUGAUUGAGCUCACUAGGAGUGAUUCACACAGCCAUUAUGAUACACUGACACUUUAUUUUGACUGCUACAGUGAUAGAACCAAUCCAGAGCACCUGAUAUGUAUCACUGCACACCUGAAAGUAGUCCCAAGUGAAUCAAGCAAUUUUCUUCAUUGAGUAAUGUGUGCUGCAAAGUUAAGUGCAUUAUUGUUUUGGGUAUUUUUUUUAUCCUUAGAUUUUGGUUUUUGAGAUAAGCUUACAGACAUGAUUUUGAGACAGUUCUGUGAAAGGACUAAGAUCUUAAAGAUAAACAAACUUUCAUGUAGUUUAGACUGACUCAUGCACAGAGUGAUCCACGGUUGGCAAAUACAAGGCUGCAAUGUGACAACAAAAGCAGGGAAAACAGGGAGCAAACUUAAAAGACGACCGCUCGUGAUAAAAAAAAAAGAUGUAACAGGUUAUUAUGCUUUCAAAUGUGAAAAAUAUGCUUUGCAGUUUCAGGGUGCACAGCAUGUUUUGGGCAAUGCUGAAUGUUUCAGCCGAGUUAUCUUGUAAGCAACACUUUCUGCAGAGGUUUUCUAAAAUCGGAUCAGUGAACUUUUUAAUUUUUCUGUUUUGAAAUAAUAUCAAGGACCACAUAUCAGAUUUUUCUUGUUAUGUUUUUGCCAUUAUUAAAAAACAAGUCACCUCACAUCUAUCUGCCCUCUACAUCCCUGAUGCCCUUUUUUUAUGUGAUUGAAGUUUCUUCAGGUGUUGUUUCUUGUAUAUUUUUUUCCACCAGAGGGCGCCAGAACUAAUUUUUGAUGCUCAUCAUCUUCCCAAAUAAUUAUGCCCCAGUUGAUUUUUUUCAUAAAUAAUCUGGUUUGCAUUUGAGUUCUCUAUAAAUCCCAAAGUUUCUCAAAUCCAAAAUUCACCUCAAGGAAUUCAAUUUCUUUAAAGGAUGUGACACCCUCUAUUCCUAAACCCACAAUCUUUCAAAACAUCCCCUAAAAAAAUACUCCAUUUAAGAAAUCUGGAAGAAGCCGAGCAGCAGAGCAGUGAUAUCCCCUCUGAUGGACAAAUACACAAGUCCUGUGCACAGUGUUACAGACUAACAGCAACAUUUCAUCAUCAUUUCUUCAUCGUAAGAAAUCAGGGUGACGUUUUAAACACGUGAGAAGAGGAAUAUUUAAGAGAUUUCUCAACUGAAGAUGCAAAUGAAAUUCAUCUCAUGGGCCUUUGUAGUGUUUGUUGUGGUAAUCGAUAAACUUUGAAAUGUAAUGCAACACAAAACAGCGCCUCGAACAAGAGACACCAGGGAGGACUAAUCAUGUGUGUGAAUCUGCAUGAAAUCUGACUGAAGGUUUGACGAUCCAGGGGGUUGUGUAUUACUAGAAUAAAAAAGAGAGGGAAAAUAGUCAAAUCUGUCUAUAAAAUAAUUUGAUUUUUUUGUUUACUGUUCUCACAAAGUGUCCUUUCUCAGCGUCCAGUUAAACAAGGUUAAUUAGUUCUUCUUGGUUAUCCCUUGUCCCAAUAGAGCGAUCAGGCAUAUCUGUGACUACUGUUUCAAACUAAUAAAUAAUGAGAGUUCUCUGACCCACAUAACGCA